GUGUGACCCCUCCUCCCUGCCCCCAGGCCCACCGGCAGGACACUGCCCCCCACCGCUCAGCAGACGCCAAGGGGGAGAGAUGAGUAACAGCAAAGAGCAGCGCUCGGCAGUGUUCGUGAUCCUCUUUGCCCUCAUCACCAUCCUCAUCCUCUACAGCUCCCACAGUACCAGUGAGGUCUUCCACUACAGCACCCACCGGCCCGUCAACGUCAGAAAAUGGAGCAUCACCAAUGGCUACGUCCCUCUUCUUGGCAACAAGACGCUCCCGUCCCGGUGCCGCCAGUGUGUGAUUGUCACCAGCUCCAGCCACCUGCUGGGCACCAAGCUGGGUGCCGAGAUCGAGCGGGCUGAGUGCACCAUCCGCAUGAACGACGCGCCCACCACCGGCUACUCGGCUGACGUGGGCAACAAGACCACCUUCCGUGUGGUGGCCCAUUCGAGUGUAUUCCGCGUUCUGCGGAGGCCCCAGGAGUUCGUCAACCGGACCCCCGAAACCGUGUUCAUCUUCUGGGGCCCCCCGACCAAGAUGCAGAAGCCGCAGGGCAACCUGGUGCGCAUCAUCCAGCGGGCAGGCCUGGCGUUCCCCCACCUGGAGGCCUACGCCGUCUCUCCCACCCGCAUGCACCAGUUUGACGACCUCUUCCGGGAAGUCUCAUUCGUGGCUGAGCACCGGCUGGUUCACCAUGGCGAUCGCGGUGGAGCUGUGUGACCACGUGCAUGUGUACGGCAUGGUCCCUCCCGACUACUGCAGCCAGCGUCCCCGCCUGCAGCGCAUGCCCUACCACUACUAUGAGCCCAAGGGGCCAGACGAGUGUGCCACCUACAUCCAGAACGAGCA